AUGAAUGAGCUCAGUUCACAACAGCAGAGGAUUGGAAAGCGACACUAUGAGAGCUCCGAGCGUCCGAUGUAUGCUUUGCCCGCUGGUGCAGUAAUCCGUGAUGUAAAGCGCCGGCCGGCGUGUGCCAGCGUCCGGCGCCGUCCAGGGCCGGAGCCGCUGGAAUACGGCUGUAAGCAAAGGCCAGCGGGCUGUAUCAUGCCAGGUUCAGGCAGAAUGGGUGUGUGUCCCCUGCUCCUGCUGCUGGGUUUAGCCCUCGGGGCCUCGGCCCAGGAUGCAACCUACAUCACAAGUCCUCCUAAUAUCACGGCCAAGCCCACGGACCCUCCUGCUCAACCCUUCAUCAACGCCACAGUCCCACCAUCAACCGCCCCCAGCCUGCUCACAACAGCCCCGCCCACAGUCGCGAUCCCCGCUGGAGACCAGGACCAGGCCCAGCCUCCUGGCACCAAUGCAUCUGUGCGUGUGCUGCCAGUUCCUCCUCCACCUCCUCCAUCCACCGACGCACCACCAGACACAGAGCCCCCCCCUCCCCCCACCAUCACAGACCACGAGGAUCUGACUGAGACCACACCCUCGGCCACAGACACACCACCGGUGGAGAGUAGCACUAGCGGGGAUGUCGCCCCAGAGACCACCACAUAUCCAAAGGAGCUCACCUCAGACAGCCCCCCACACGGUCCAGCUGUCCUCCCGUCUGCAGAUUUCCUGCUGAGCGGGCCAGCUGCUCGGUGGACCUACGUCUCACUGCACAGGCAGUGUGGUGUCAAUGAAGUCUCUAUGCAGACACCUCAGGAACGCCUCCUGGCAGUUAUUUCGGGUAAACAAAGUCCCUACCUAAAUGAAGGUGAAGAGAGCCAUGGCUGCAAUUUCAAUGGUCAGCAGGACAAAAACACCUCUUGCUGCGUCAUGCGUUGGUUUGAGCCUGUUCUUUCUCAAUCUGGUGCAGAUGGUUCCGAUGACAUGCCAAUCAUAGCGGUGAUGGUGGCCCUCUCCUCCCUGCUGGUCAUCAUCUUUAUCGUCAUCAUCCUCUACAUGCUCAGAUUUAAGAAGUACAAGCAGGCAGGGAGCCACUCAACCUCCUUCAGACUGACCAAUGGCAGGUCAGAUGAAACAGAACUCCAGAGUGUACCACUAUUGGCCCGUUCCCCCAGCACAAACAGGAAGUACCCACCCCUUCCCGUGGACAAACUGGAGGAAGAAAUGAACCGUCGCAUGGCUGACGACAACAAGCUCUUCAGAGAGGAGUUUAACGCACUGCCAGUCUGCCCCAUCCAGGCAUCAUGUGAUGCUGCCUCCAAAGAAGAGAAUAAAGAAAAGAACAGAUAUGUGAACAUUUUACCAUAUGAUCACUCCAGGGUGCAUCUCUCCUCUCUGGAGGGAGUCCCAGACUCCGACUUCAUCAAUGCCUCUUUUAUUAAUGGCUACCAAGAGAAGAAUAAGUUUAUUGCUGCUCAAGGGCCAAAGGAGGAGACGGUUAAUGACUUCUGGCGGAUGAUUUGGGAGCAGAAUACGGCCACCAUUGUCAUGGUGACCAAUCUGAAGGAGAGAAAAGAGUGCAAGUGCGCGCAGUACUGGCCGGACCAGGGCUGCUGGACAUAUGGGAACAUUCGCGUGUCUGUAGAGGACACAGUGGUUCUGGUGGACUACACUAUCCGCAAGUUCUACAUCCAACAGGUUGGAGACGUCUCUGGGAAGAAGCCUCAGAAGCUUAUCACCCAGUUCCAUUUCACUAGCUGGCCAGACUUCGGGGUGCCCUUCACACCCAUAGGCAUGCUGAAGUUCUUAAAGAAAGUGAAGACGUUCAACCCCCAGUAUGCCGGGCCCAUUGUAGUUCACUGCAGUGCCGGCGUGGGAAGGACGGGUACCUUUAUAGUUAUUGACGCCAUGUUAGACAUGAUGAACUCAGAGAGGAAGGUGGACGUGUUUGGCUUUGUCACCAGAAUAAGAGCCCAGCGCUGUCAGAUGGUGCAGACAGAUAUGCAGUACGUUUUCAUCUUCCAGGCGUUGUUAGAGCACUACUUGUAUGGUGACACAGAGCUGGAGGUGACCUCACUGGAGUCCCAUUUGGCUAAGCUAUACGCCCCUUCACCUGGAGCUGGCUGCAGUGGGCUGGAGGCAGAAUUCAAGAAGCUUACAUCCAUCAAGAUUCAGAAUGAUAAAAUGAGAACGGGCAACCUGCCUGUCAACAUGAAAAAGAACAGAGUUCUACAGAUCAUUCCAUAUGAGUUCAACAGAGUAAUCAUUCCAGUCAAACGAGGGGAGGAGAACACCGACUAUGUCAACGCCUCUUUCAUCGAUGGCUACCGUCAGAAGGACGCCUACAUGGCCAGUCAAGGGCCCCUGCAGCACACCAUAGAGGACUUCUGGAGGAUGAUCUGGGAGUGGAGAAGCUGUUCUAUAGUUAUGCUCACUGAGCUGGAAGAGAGAGGGCAGGAGAAGUGUGCCCAGUACUGGCCAAGUGAUGGAUCGGUGGUCUAUGGGGACAUCUCUAUUGAGAUUAAAAGGGAGGAGGAGAGUGAGAGUUACACAGUGCGUGACCUCCUGGUGACCAACAACAGGGAGAACAAGGCCCGUGCUGUGCGGCUGUUCCACUUCCACGGCUGGCCAGAGGUGGGCAUCCCUACGGACGGCAAAGGCAUGAUCAACAUUAUUGCCGCUGUGCAGAAACAACAGCAGCAGUCUGGCAACCACCCCAUCACUGUGCACUGCAGUGCUGGCGCUGGCCGGACAGGGACUUUCUGUGCUCUGAGUACAGUUCUGGAGAGGGUGAAGGCGGAGGGCAUCCUGGAUGUCUUCCAAACCGUGAAGAGCCUCAGACUGCAGAGACCCCACAUGGUGCAGACACUGGAGCAGUACGAGUUCUGCUACAAAGUGGUCCAAGAGUAUAUUGACGCGUUUUCCGACUACGCCAACUUCAAGUAG